AAAACUGUCCAAGAACUGUUCUGCGAGGCUGAAUUUGUCAGAGGUGUAGAGAGCGAGCUUAUAUUCCUUUCAGCUCUAAAUAUUUUUCUUUCCGUCACUGCAUUUCUGGGGAACACUCUAAUCCUAGUUGCUCUGCACAAGGAAACUUCACUUCAUCCGCCGUCCAAACUCCUGUAUCGUAACCUAGCGAUAACUGAUCUCUGUGUUGGUAUCAUUGUGGAGCCUUUGUUUGUGAGUUAUUGGACAUCUGUUGUGAAGGAAAGAUGGGAUAUUUGCUAUUACGCAGAGUUAGCAGCAAGUUUCUCAGGUUUAACUUUGUGUGUAGUGUCUUUAUUAACAUUGACUGCAAUAAGCGUGGACAGACUUCUCGCCUUGUUGCUGGGGCUCAGAUACAGACAAGUUGUAACUUAUAGAAGAACAUGUAUGACUGUGACUGGUUUUUGGAUUUUGUCCAUCGUCGGUGCAUCUACUCUCUUUUGGAAUCGUCUUAAAACUUCCUGGUUUCAAUACAAAGUUGCAGCUUUGUGUCUAGUCACCACAAUUAACCGUCGCUUACACUAAAGUUUUCUGUACUCUGCGUCAUAACCAAAUUCAUGUUCAGAACCAUGUUGCUCAAGGACAAACGAGCCAAGCAAUUCCCGCACUGAACAUAGCUCGAUACCGAAAGGUAGUGUACAGUGCACUGUGGGUGCAGGGAACAUUGGUUAUUUGUUAUCUGCCGUAUGUUACAGUAGUAGCUUUGCAACCUCAGAGAGUGACGUCUUUAUCCAUUUACCAUGCUCAGCAAUUUACGACUACUUUAGUGUAUUUGAACUCAUCAUUAAACCCGUUUUUGUACUGUUGGAAGAUCAGAGAAGUGAGGCAAGCUGUAAAAGUAACAUUAAGGCAACUUUUCUGUCGAUCGAGUUAG